ACUUGAGUUUGUGUUUAGCAAAUGAUGACUAAAACAUGGCGGACUCAGCGGGCAAUUGGUGUCCUAUUGAAAGUGAUCCUGGCGUUUUCACGGAAUUAAUUAAGGAAUUUGGUGUAAAAGGUGCACAGGUGGAAGAAUUAUGGAGUUUGGAUGACGAACAGUUUGACAGUUUAAAGCCUAUACAUGGUCUAAUAUUCUUAUUUAAAUGGGUUCAAGAUGAUGAACCUUCAGGUAAUAUUGUCCAAGAUAGUAGGCUGGAUAAAAUCUUUUUUGCGAAACAAGUAAUUAAUAAUGCAUGUGCAACACAAGCAAUUUUAAGUGUACUAUUAAAUUGUAAACAUUCCGAUAUAUCAUUGGGACCAAAUUUGGAGGAGUUCAAAAAUUUUUGUCAAAGCUUUGAUGCUAAUAUGAGGGGACUUGCUCUAAGUAAUUCUGAUAUAAUAAGAGAAGUACAUAAUUCUUUCUCAAGGCAAACAUUGUUUGAAUAUGACUCAAGGAAAGCAUCUAAAGAUGAUGAUGUAUUUCACUUUGUUAGUUACAUUCCAAUUGAUGGUCGACUAUAUGAGUUAGAUGGACUAAAAGAUGGACCAAUGGAUCUAGGUCCAUGUCCACUUGGAGAUCAAUGGGUUCAAGCAGCUAAGCCUAUAAUACAAAAGCGAAUAAAUAAAUAUAACGAGGGAGAAAUUCAUUUCAACUUAAUGGCAAUAGUAACCGAUAGAAAAACAUUGUACGAACGACAAAAAGCUAAUAUUUGCGAUCCAGCCGAGCUAGAAUGCUUACAAGCACUGAUAGAGAAGGAAAUACGGAAAUCUAAAAGAUAUCAGGUGGAGAAUAUUAGAAGGAAACAUAAUUAUCUCCCAUUGAUUAUGGAAUUACUUAAAAUGCUUGCUAAAGAUGGGAAACUUGUACCCUUGUAUCAAAGAGCAAAGGAAAAGGCAUUGGAAAAAGAAUCUAAAAAAAAUAAUGUUUAAAGUUUUAUGUUAUUGAAAAGUUGGUGUGAAUUACAUUUCUGAUAUAUAUUGGACACCUGAAUUGUAACAAUUUCUUUUUCUAAAUAAAUGUAAAUAUGAAAUGAUUUUUGUCAUGAAUUUCAAUAGAUGCAUCAUUUUUAAGUAACGUGCUGUUCGAAAUAUUUGACAUUUAAUAAAUGGUGUGUUUAAAUAUU